CACAAAAUCAGCAAAGAACUCUGACGACCACCGUCAUGGAUUCAAUCUCUGAAAACAAAAUGAGCUGUUUCUUUAAAUAAUCUUUCUGUAUCCCACGAAUCCGCUUGCGAAUCUGAGAAUACCCAUUUCCCUCUCCCUCACACAAAAACACACAGUAAAUGGCGAUAAAUGCAGUUGCCCUUUGGUCUGUUCUUCAGACCCCACUUUAUCGUACCUUCUCAGAUCAAAAUACGUGUCCCUAUAUCCCAAAUUUUCUUUUCUUUAUUCUAAUUUUAUCCUCAAAUGAGGAAAACAGGAGAAUUAUUAUUAUAUAUAAAAAAAAAGGACAAUAACAUGUGAGGGUGUAUCAGAUCUUUCGAUUACAUAAACCCAUGUAAAAAGCUUUAAGCGAAACAGAAGAAGUAGAAGAGGGAAGCUUUCAUCAAUGGCUACCACUUCUUGUACUCUGGUUGUAUUCAUCUUCUUCAGCUGUUUUCUGUGCUUUUACAUUUCGCCAUUUGCAGAAGCAGCUAGCAAUGUGAGUUACGAUAGUCGAUCGCUGUUCGUCGAUGGUGAAAGAAAGCUUCUUAUCUCAGCUGCCAUUCACUACCCUCGUAGUGUUCCUGCUAUGUGGCCUGGAUUGGUGAAAACAGCAAAAGAAGGAGGCAUAGAUGUGAUUGAGACGUAUGUAUUUUGGAAUGGACAUGAACCUUCACGAGGCAAUUACUAUUUUGGUGGAAGAUAUGAUUUAGCAAAAUUUGUGAAGAUCGUUCAAGAUGCUGGCAUGCUUUUGAUUCUCAGAAUUGGGCCAUUUGUUGCUGCAGAAUGGAAUUUUGGUGGUAUACCUGUUUGGUUGCAUUAUGUGCCAGGGACAGUUUUCAGAACAGACAAUGAACCUUUUAAGCAUUACAUGCAGAACUUCACAACACUGAUUGUGAAUAUGAUGAAAAAAGAAAAGUUUUUUGCUUCACAAGGAGGUCCCAUCAUCUUAGCUCAGGUGGAAAAUGAGUAUGGAUACUAUGAAGCUGCAUAUGGUGAAGGAGGCAAAUCAUAUACACAAUGGGCAGCUAAAAUGGCUCUUUCACAAAAUACAGGUGUACCUUGGAUUAUGUGUCAACAAUGGGAUGCUCCAGAUCCUGUGAUUAAUACAUGCAAUUCAUUUUAUUGUGAUGAUUUCAAACCAAGCUACCCAACAAUGCCCAAAAUCUGGACUGAGAAUUGGCCUGGAUGGUUUAAGACAUUUGGAGGAAGAGAUCCUCAUAGGCCAGCUGAAGAUGUUGCUUAUUCUGUUGCUCGAUUUUUCCAAAAAGGAGGAAGUGUUCAUAAUUAUUAUAUGUAUCAUGGUGGGACGAAUUUUGGACGUACUUCUGGUGGGCCAUUUAUCACCACAAGUUAUGAUUAUGAUGCACCAAUUGAUGAAUAUGGGUUACCAAGGUAUCCAAAAUAUGGGCAUCUUAAGGAGCUUCAUAGAGCUAUAAAGUUGUGUGAACAAGCAUUAUUGAACAAUAAACCGACUUUGGUUCAUCUUGGAUCUCAACAAGAGGCUGAUGUCUAUGAAGAUGAAUCAGGGACUUGUUCUGCCUUUAUUGCAAACUUAGAUGACAAAAAUGAAAAAACAGUACAAUUUCGGAAUACUUCAUACACACUUCCAGCAUGGUCGGUCAGCAUUCUUCCAGAUUGCAAAAAUGUAGUCUACAACACUGCAAAGGUUGGAUCUCAAGCUUCCACCAUUGAAAUGAUCCCAGAGCAAUUGCAACCUUCAUCAUCUUCACCACAUAAAGAUUUGAAACCACUUAGUUGGGAAAUAUAUGUUGAAAAACCAGGGAUUUGGGGAGAAGCUGAUUUUACUAAAAAUGGUUUUGUGGAUCAUAUCAAUACAACAAAAGAUACAACCGAUUACCUUUGGUAUACAACUAGAUUAAAUGUUGAUGAGAAUGAAGAAUUUCUAAAGAAGGGAAACAAACCAACGUUGUUGAUCGAGUCAAAGGGGCAUGCUCUUCAUGCCUUUGUCAAUGGCAUACUUCAAGCUAGUGGAUCGGGAAAUGGCCUUCAAAAUGCAGGGUCAUUUUAUGAAUGGGUUGGAGCGGGAUUAACGAGUGUGAAAAUUAAAGGUUUGAAGAGUGGAAUCGUUGACUUGUCAAACACCACAUGGACCUACAAGAUCGGGGUAGAAGGAGAGCAUCUUGGUCUAUAUGAUUUUGAUGGUUCAAAACACACAAAUUGGACCUCAGUUUCAACACCACCAAAAAAACAACCAUUGACAUGGUAUAAGGCUAUUGUGGACCCCCCACGGGGAAACGAGCCCAUUGGGCUUGAUAUGGUUCACAUGGGAAAGGGGUUGGCAUGGCUAAAUGGGGAGCAAAUUGGAAGAUAUUGGCCACGUAAAGCUCCAAAUGAUAAAUGUGUUAAAACUUGUGACUAUAGAGGCAAGUUUAACCCUGAUAAAUGCAAUAUGGGGUGUGGACAACCGAGCCAAAGAUGGUAUCAUGUUCCAAGAUCUUGGUUCAAGCCAUCGGGCAAUGUUUUGGUGAUAUUUGAGGAGAAAGGUGGAGACCCUACUCAAAUUAGGUUUUCAAGACGAAAAUUAACAAGUCUUUGUGCUCAUGUAUCCGAAGAUCACCCUUCUUUUUCCACCAACAACUUACAAAAAAACAUCGCAAGUUUGGAAAUAAAAUGCCCAAUGAACAUGCACAUUUCGGCUUUCAAGUUUGCUAGCUAUGGAACUCCUACGGGGACUUGUGAUUCCUAUUCCUUUGGCGAUUGCCAUGAUCCCGAUUCCACUUUCAUUGUUGAAAAGCGAUGCUUAAACAAGACCGCAUGCAUCAUAGAAUUAACCAAAGAAAAUUUCAAGACCGAACUUUGCCCCGGAACAACGAAGAAACUUGCAGUACAAGCAACAUGCAGUUGAAUCCAACCAUUUUUACAUCAAUUAAAUACGUUCGAUUAAAUGUUUUAUAUCACUAUGAGUCGUUUUCUAAUUUCUACAUAGGAUUCGAAUUUAAACAUGUUUUUUUCUUUUUUUCAAAAUCUUGCAAUGUGUUUGUAAACUCUACAAGAAAAAUCUUUGGAGGCCUUAUAUUCAUUUUCAUAUUCUAUGAGAAUAAAACUUAACUAAAUGUUUUUUCUCUAUCUUGUGAUGGUUUUUAAGGGUUUUCUAUAUUUUGGGCGAAAACGUCUUUUUAACUUAUAACAAAUCAAGCUUCAAAAUUGGUUGUUCC